UCAAAUCAGAAUCAACCAAAUCAAUCACGAUGUAGCCUUCUUCACGAAAUCAAGAAUAACUACUCUGUACUUGACUAGUCGUGGCCUUUUUCACUCCAGCGCCCGCCGCCGCCCCUCCCCAGGUCGCGGGGAUCACUGGAGGUCACGGCCCAAUCUUCUCCAUCGCAUACCCUCUGCUCCGUCGCAGCCGCCAGCCGCCGCCGCCCAUCCCUCCGUUGCGGGGAUCGCUGGAGAUUCACGUCCCCGUCGACCUCUCUGUCGCAGCCACCUCCCCUCCGUCAGGGGGAUCGCCGGCAGAGUUACGGGCCCGUUCCCUCAGUCGCUGGACCGGCCAAAGUGUCGCUGGGAUCACCGGGAGCAUCCAGACCCUACCCCCUACCUGACGAGCGCCGCCCGGGAGAUCACGGCGGACGCUUCUCUGCCUCCUCGUCCACAUGUUUUAUCUCUAGAUGACUGGUCUGAUCUCUUUCAUCUUCCUUUGUCUGAAGAAGCACUAGGGGAAUUUCUUUCAACUUCUGUCUCCUAGAUGAUCUCCCUCUGCUGACAGAGAUCGUCAGCGGUUAUUGAGCAUCUUUGAGCCGCAGCUGUUGCUUGUAGGGAAGUCGGAUGGAAGAGAUGUCAUGUGCCAUGCUGCGGGAAGCCAGUUCAUCACACACACCAUUGGGAGGUGGAUAGUUUGCCAACAAUGCAGGGGUCUUGGCGCAGCUAGACCUCAAGUCCACACCAAUCAACACCAAGGGUUACGAGACCCUCCUGCCAUUUGUGACGAAGAACAAGUUAUCGGCAGUUUCGAUCUAUACUAUGUGCUCAUCAUGUAUACUGUUAAUGCUACAGAACAGAUGGACAAAUUGGACAGGGCAUUUGAGCAGGUGAAGCAGAUGCUGUAUGGCAGGCUCCAUGAUGUGCUAAGAAAGCAUAUUGUAGAGAGGGUGCACAUCCCAGGGGCUCCUUCAUUGAGACCAAGAGAAGCCCAGAACGAUAAUGUUGCAGCCAGAGAAAAGACGAAUCAUCUAUCGUGUGUUGCUGAUGUGAUGCUGCAGCGACCAGGACAUCAUGAUGAGAUUGUCGAUGACUUAGCUGUCCUUAUGGAGUCGCCCGGUAACUGGUCACAUUGUAGUCCGCUCCAAAUGUUAUAUCUGAGUCUGCUCCCAAAGUUCAGUUUGUGUAUCUUUCUCACUGUUGUAAUGUUGUAAAGAGCUGUAUGUAUGUGAUGCUUCUGACUUCUGAGUCCGUUUGUUUCAUGACUCAGUUGCAAAGAUACAAAAAGUAGAGCUAAAUAUGACAGAUCAAAAGUCCCAGAUGUAAUUUAAAUUUUAUAUGAGGAUCUUAAUUGUUUGUGUGUGUUUCAUUUUCU